AUGCGAGUCAGGCUCUGCGAAAGGCUGAGAGAAGCCGCUCCUGUUCACGGGAGAAAAAGGAGGAUAUUAAAGCACCUGAAAAGCAAGGACCCCCUGCAGUUGAGGCUGGAGCACUUGGAGCAGGGCUUCUCCGUCUACGUCAACGGGGCCAAUUCUGAGCCAAGGAUGUCGCCUCGCAAAGCCACGCACUCGGACUUUGCCAGGAGCGCCUCGCAGGCCGAGGGGACGCACGAUUACAGACAAAGGGCUCUGCUGAAAGAAGCCGAAGAAACCUUCGGCCGAGGCUCCCAGACAGCCCCCAGCAAGGUCCAGCGCCGAGGAUGGCACCAGAAAUCGGUGCAAAUCAGAACGGAAGCUGGCCCGCGGCUCCACAUCGAACCUCCUCCGGACUGUUCUGAAGGGUCUGAGCCAUGUGGGGAAGUGACCGUCAAGGCGAAGGAGGCUUCUGGGGAUCAUCCACAGGAGCCGAGGGAAAGCCCGGAGCUCGGUGUGAGUCCACAGAGGACACCAGAAGACUGUUCCAGUGACGAGUACGACUCCAUUGAAGAAGACGUGUUCUCCGAGCCCGAGCCCGAGGGCCAGGAGCUGGAGAGCCUUCCCAGAGAGGGCGCCCUUCUUUCAAGUGGGGACUCGGUGCAGAAGGACCUCCCCGACGACCACGCGGCAGAAGGACACCCUCUGCAGGGCCCAGACACCCUGGUGAUGCUGGCCUUUAAUACGCCUUCCACAAGUGGUAAGCGGGAAAGACAUUUAUCUGCCAAACGGAAGGACAAUGCCGAUGUCUUCAUUCCCAGCAAAUCUGAGCCAACCCUGAACCACCAGCCCCCUGCCACACUCCCAGACCACGAGAGGCCUUAUUCCAGACCUGGAAGCCGCCGAGAGAGGCCCCUGUCGGCCACGCGGAAAACCGUGCACAAGGCUGAGGACCGAGAGGAAGACGCCUCGGCCGGUGCAGAGGAGCCAUCAGCAAAACCCUGGGCCUGUCUGCUGAAGGACAAGGGAGAGACGCUGACACCAGAGCUGCCUCCCACGGUGACCACCAAGCAGGAGCUGACCACCAAGCAGGAGCUGGGACUGGAGUCCUCCAGGGCAGCAGGAGGAGCUAGCGAGGCCAGUGAAGCCAUGGCAAGCAGACCACAGGAGAAGCUUCCGAAACCCCUCCAGGCCACGGAAAGUGACUCUGUCCACCCCAGCCUGGAUCCACUGCCCAAGGAGCGAGCUCCGGACCCGGAGGACCCGCCGCGGGUGAAAAUGGAAGAGGUCAAGGACGCCAUCGAUGUGACGCUGGAAAUCCUGUCCAACUGGGGCAGUGCGGCAUGUGUGGGGCUCACGGAAGUCGAGUUCUUUGACCUGAACAGCACCAAGCUUUACAUCUCGCCCCAGGAUGUGGACAUCCAGAGCGCGGGCAAACCUGGUGACCUGGGCCACCUCGUCAACCGGAACUUAUCUAGCGAGAAGGACCUCUCCCUGUGGACAUGCCCCUUCAAGCCGCCGCUCCAGCUCUCCUUUGUGAUCCGCAACACACAGCAGCUGCGCCGCUUUGGCCUGGCCAAGGUCAAGGUCUGGAAUUACUGGACAGCUGACGGCGAUCUCGACAUGGGAGCCAGGAAGGUGAAGCUGUACGUCAACAGGAGCCUGGUCUUUGAUGGCAACUUAGACCAAAGCGGCGGCCAGGCUCCAGCCAGCCAGAGCAUCCUGGUGGGCCCGGAGCAUGAGACAGCAGACCUGUGCCCGGCAGAGAGCAAGGAGCCCCACGAGAGGGCUGGUGCCGCCGCCAAGGAGGACAGAGAGCUUCCUCUCAAUUACUCGCUGCCAGCCGGAGUGUCAUUGGAUGUGAAGGGCUCCUCACAAGGAAAUGUGUGUGGCGGGACAGCGACUCCCAUUGAUCCCCCAAAGGAGAGUUCGUCCAAGUCAGAGGAUGAUGGUCUAAGAAUGCCAGCGGCCACCGUGCCAAUGGAUGACGUCCCCCGGGACCCUGCCCCUGCCGCCGCCGCCCCUGUGACAGGCCCUUCUCUUGAUGAGGAACUUUCGCUGGUCCAGCAGCUGGAGAGCCUGGCCAGCAAGAAGCUCUCUCAGCCCCCAGGGCACCCCCCAGCCUGGCUGCAGCCCUCCCCCAGAGGGAAGGACAGGAAGCAGAGAGGCUGGAAGCCCAAACCCCUCUGGCUGAAUCCCGAGCCUCCGGUGGACUGCAAAGACCAGCCUUCACCGGACGACAGCCCGGCUGGGAGUGCUGGGGGGACUGAGGCUGGAGACGCAGGCCCCCGGUGGGAACAAGGCUGGAUGAGCAGCUGGAGCGGCGUCCAGGGCAGCGGCAGGGCCCAGAGGAUGAGUCCCAGGGUCUGCGGGGACAACCUGGACAUCUUCGACCUGCCGCCCAGCAGAGAGCGCCCGGCGAGCGGGCGGAGGGGCCCGAGGAAGGAUGCCCUCGGCGGCAAUCACAGCGCCAACCAGCCAGCCAGCAGAGAAGAUGCCUUGCCCGCCCAGACGCCCCCGCGGUCCUGGUGGCGCAGCGAGCAGGAGCACGUGCUGCACGAGUCCUGGAACUCCCUCAGCGCCUUCGACCUCUCCCACCGGGGACGCAUCUCCAACACGGAGCCCCAGGGCGACAUCCUGGAUGAGUUCCUGCAGCAGCAGAAGAGCAGUCGGCAGAGUGACCUGCCACCCCCCUGGAAGGAGGACAAGCCAGAGCCGGAGCCGCCGCAGGAGCUGGACAACGGCCCUGCAGAGGCAGCAGAUGACAGCGACUUCAAAAUCCCAGUCUUGCCCUAUGGUCAGCACUUGGUCAUCGACAUCAAGUCGACGUGGGGGGACCGGCACUACGUUGGCCUGAACGGCAUAGAAAUAUUCAGUGCCAAGGGUGAGCCGGUGCAGGUCGCGAACAUCAGAGCGGACCCACCCGACAUCAACAUCCUGCCAGCUUAUGGGAAAGACCCCCGUGUGGUCACCAACCUCAUCGACGGGGUGAACAGGACCCAAGAUGACAUGCACGUCUGGCUGGCCCCCUUCACGCCCGGCAAGUCCCACUCCAUCGCCGUGGACUUCACGCACCCCUGCCAAGUGGCCCUGAUCAGGGUCUGGAAUUACAACAAGUCGCGCAUACACUCCUUCCGCGGUGUGAGAGACGUCACGAUGCUGCUGGACACACAGUGUAUCUUCCAAGGAGAAAUCGCGAAGGCCUCGGGGACCCUGACCGGAGCCCCCGAGCACUUUGGCGACACCAUCCUCUUCACGACCGACGACGACAUCCUGGAGGCCAUCUUCUGUUCCGACGAGACCUUUGACGUGGAUGCGGAGAGCCUCGGCAGCCUGCAGCACGAGGAGGCGCUGGGGAGGCCCAGCACAGCGGACAGCGAGGGCGACGACCGGCCCUUCACCCAGGCCGGCCUGUGGGCCGAGGACCAGGUCAUGGAGCCAGAGCUGUCGUCCAGUCCCCCCGUACCUGACAUCACCACGCCAGAGCCAGGUGUCUACCAUGGGAUCUGCCUUCAGCUGAACCUCACCGCCUCCUGGGGGGACCUGCACUACCUGGGACUCACAGGCCUGGAGGUGGUGGGCAAACAUGGCCAGGCCCUGCCCAUCAGCCCACACCAGCUCGCUGCCUCCCCCCGAGACCUGAACGACCUCCCCGAGUACACCGACGAUGCCCGGACCCUGGACAAGCUGAUCGACGGCGUGAACAUCACGACAGAGGACGAGCACAUGUGGCUGAUCCCCUUCUCCCCGGGACUGGACCACCUGGUCACGGUGCACUUGGACCAGGCCGAGAGCAUCACGGGCCUGCGCUUCUGGAACUACAACAAGUCCCCCGAGGACACCUACCGAGGGGCCAAAAUCGUCCACGUGUCCCUGGAUGGCUUGUGUGUGUCCCCCCCAGAGGGCUUCCUCAUCCGGAAGGGCCCAGGAAACUGCCACUUUGAUUUUGCUCAAGAACUCCUCUUUGUGGACCACCUGCUGCCCCGACCGCUGCCCCCACCAGCCAGGAGGCCUCUCCUGACAAGUCCCAGUCACUACCCGGCCCCAGCCCGAGCCUCGAACAACUGCAGAGAGCAGCCAAAGCGCCAAGCCUGGUUUUCCUUAAUCUCGCGUCCAGUCAUUUUCCAGUUCCAGUUGCUGACCAGCUGGGGGGACCCCUACUACAUCGGCCUGACCGGCCUGGAGCUGUAUGACGAGCGGGGAGACAAGAUUCCUCUGUCGGAAAACAACAUCGCCGCCUUCCCAGACAGUGUGAACUCGCUGGAGGGCGUGUGCGGGGACGUCCGGACCCCGGAUAAGCUCAUCGACCAAGUGAACGACACCAGCGAUGGCAGGCACAUGUGGCUGGCGCCCAUCCUGCCCGGCCUGGUGAACCGGGUGUAUGUCAUCUUCGAUCUGCCCACCACCGUGUCAAUGAUCAAACUGUGGAAUUAUGCAAAAACACCCCACCGCGGGGUGAAGGAGUUUGGCCUCCUGGUGGACGACUUGCUGGUCUACAACGGGAUCCUGGCCAUGGUCAGCCACUUGGUGGGGGGCAUCCUGCCCACGUGCGAGCCCACGGUGCCCUACCACACCAUCCUCUUCACAGAGGACACAGGAGUCUGCCUCCAGGAGAAGCACACCACCAUCAGCAACCGGGCGGAGGAUCAGGACAUCCAAAUGAUGAACGAGAGCCGGGUCGUUGCCAACGCCAAGCGCAAGCAGAAUGCCGCCGCCGCGGACCCCGCCUUACGCCCCAAAACCUGCAUAAGUGAGAAGGAGCCGGCGAGACGGUGGCGGUGCUGAUGGCUGAUGCAGGCGGGAGAGCAGCUCCAGCCGCAGAGAACAGGGCCUGUCCUCUGCCCCCACCUACCCCUGGAGCGCUUGGCCGGAGGGCUGGAGAAGGCUGGGCUCUAGGUGGAGGAGGGUGGCUCUAGGGCUGCCCUGUACACCCCAACAAGGCAGGUCCAGGAGAGUGUGUGCUUGGGGCUGUCAGCCACCCUUGCUCCCAUCCUGCCCAGUGGAACAGAGCCCUUGGGGAGCUGGCUCUGGAGGGCCACUAGCCUCUGGUCACUCUAAAAAGGGUCAGCCCAGGGUUGUGGGGCCAGCCCAGACCGCCCAUGGCUGCUGGGCAGUAUUGAGGGCCAGAGAGCCUGGGGCAACAUCAGACCCCAGAAGCCGGACACAUGGAUGGGUGGAUGGGCGUAGGCAGGGGGGAAGGCAGAGCCAAUGGGCCGGGGCCGCCGGGGCACACCUCCACAUCCCCUAGUGCCACCCCCCAUCCCCCUCCCUCGCCACCUUGCUCAGGAUCCCCUGGUGGGCUCUCGGGCUGGCAGGCUGGCUAGCUGCCCAGGCCCCACCCACCGCCCCCUUCCAGCCACUCCCCAGCACGUUGGAAAGGUGCCCUGUACCCCCAACUAGCCGCCAGGAGCCCAGCCUGCAUCUAUUUCUAUCUGUGUAACAAGCUCAGAUCGGAGACCUAAUUGGUUUCCCAGUGGUGGGUAAUUUCUCGUUCCCAAUAUUAAUCUGCGGUUUUCCUGGCACCCGGCCCAGCCUGCUGCGGGCCUGUGCUCGUAAGUUCGUUCCUAUGCAACCCGGGCGGGCGGCAAACACUUCAGGAGCUCUGCAGCCUCUGCAGGAGCCGCCAUGCAAACGGAACCCCGGCUGAUGCAGAAAUCAGGGGGUGUCUCUCCCUGGGGAGAGCCUUCUUCUGUCUCCCAGGCUGCCAAGCUCCCAAAUGUGGCAGGCAUCUCCCCCCUCCCCACCCCCUGGGGCCGUCGGGCAGAUCAGAUGGGCACCAAGUGACCAGAGCCCGCGCUGUCGCUUUAAAGGAGUCCAGCCCCCAUCCCUGUUGCUGGAGGCACCGCUAGGGUCAGAUUGUCAGGGAGAUGCACAAACGCUAUAGACGCUCCCCGAGCCAGAGCUGCUGUUUAUAAUAAUUGUGUGUACCAUGCAAUUUAGGAGGGGUUAAAAAAAAAAACUGUACAGGCAUUAACUCUAAAAUAAAUUUCUAUUUUUUUCUCUUGCAAAAUCAAUAAAAGAUGUUAUUAAGAAUGCA